AUGAGUGUGGUGGCGGCGGCGGGGGGCGCAGGCCGGCCAUGGCACGAUGGCGCUGAGGCUCCCGCCGGCGGCCCAACAACGAAGCUCCUGAAGCCACCCUGCGUCAACCACAAUGGCAAGCCAAUGCUUUCAGUUGAUAUUCACCCCGAUGGGACCAAGUUUGCAACCGGAGGACGAGGGCAGGAUUCUGGGAAGGUUGUGAUCUGGAAUAUGUCUCCAGUCCUCCAGGAGGAUGACGAGAAGGAUGAAAAUAUUCCCAAGAUGCUUUGCCAGAAGGACAAUCACUGGUACAUUGGACCCAGCACUGUGUUUGGAUCCAGGGGUAAGCUUGCUAAUGUGGAGCAGUGGCGCUGUGUCUCUGUCCUUCUAAGUCACUCAGGUGAUGUAAUGGGUGUAGCGUGGUCUCCCCAUGACGCCUGGCUAGCCUCAUGCAGGGUGGAUAACGCUAUCAUCUGGAAUACCGUGAAGUUCUCAGAAAUUCUUGCAACACUGAGAGGCCACUCUUUUUUGGGAAACGGGUUAACUUGGGACCCUGUUGGUAAAUAUAUUGCCUCUCAAGCUGAUGACCUUAGCCUGAAGGUAUGGAGGACACUGGGCUGGCAGUUAGAGACCAGCCUCACUAAGCCUUUUGAUGAGUGUGGAGGGACAACCCAUGAGCUGCGGCUCAGCUGGUCACCUGACGGGCGUUACUUGGUAUCUGCCCAUGCCAUGAACAGCUCUGGCCCCACUGCUCAGAUCACUGAACGGGAGGGCUGGAAAGCCAACAUGGACUUUGUGGGGCACCGGAAAGCUGUGACUGUUGUGAAAUUCAACCCAAAAAUCUUCAAAAAGAAGCAAAAGAAUGGGAGUUCUGCAAAGCCCAGCUGCCCAUACUGCUGCUGUGCUGUGGGCAGCAAGGACCGCUCACUGUCUCGCUGGCUCACAUGUCUGAAAUGGCCUCUGGUUGUCAUCCAUGAGCUGUCUGACAAAUCCAUCAUGGGUAUAUCUUGGACUCUGAAUGGGCUGGAGUCUAUGGAUGGUUCUGUGGCGUUCCUCGACUUCUUCCAGGAUGAGCGAGAUCCCUUAAGUGAGGAAGAGAAGAGCCGCAUUCACCAGACCACGUAUGGUAAGAGCCUGGCCAUUAUGACCGAGGCUCAGCUCUCCACUGCUGUUAUCGAGAACACAGAGAUGCUCAAGUAUCAACGGAGGCAACAACAGCAGCAGCUGGACCAAAAGGGUGCCACAGCCAGAGAGACAGCCUCAGCUUCCUCAGUAACAGGAGUUGUUAAUGGAGAAAGUCUGGAAGACAUCAGGAAGAAUCUUUUGAAGAAACAAGUUGAGACUCAGACAGAAGAUGGUCGGAGAGGAAUCACACCUCUCUGCGUAGCACAGCCAGACACUGGAUACUCAUUCAUUCACCAAGCUUUCUACGACCCUGUCUGGGGAGGCCUUCUUCUCCCCCUUCAGCAGUUAGCACGGCGCUUCCGCCACCGGUGCCCUCAGUGCGGCAGGCUGGCCGUGCGGGUGAAGUCUUACCAUUACCCUCAGUACCUGCAUAAACACGGAGCACUGCCCCACGAGCCGGACCUCCCCGUGGCUCCACUUCCUUGGCGCUGCUCAGGGCCCGGCAACCACCCCGUGACUCUGGAAUCCCAGCUGAGCCCCCUGCACUGCCCGCUGCGUGUCCGCGCCCUGCUGCCCGCGUGCCUCGGCUUAGCGCCGCGUGACCUCCUGCCCUUGCGAUGCACGCCGUGCGCGCUCGCCACGACCCCCGCGCCCUCGCUGCUUUCUGCCCUCCGCCUGCACCUACUCAGCGCCUUCCCCGCGCACUCCUCUUGCCGGUCUCUGACUGCCGAAAGCCGCCCCUGCCCCUGCCUCCCGGCGCAGCCCGUACCUGGUUUCUGGACCACGAUCUGCUUCCUGGGGACCCUUUCUGCACGCCCGCGUUCCUGGCUCUGCCUGCCCCAGUGCAGCCUUCUCUCGGCCUACCGCAAGCUGCUGGGGGUUGGGGUGCGGCGCGAGCACAGCCUUCUCGGGAAGAUCUGCUUGGGGCUGCGCCCUCCGUCCUCCGCCCACGCCACGUCCUCCACAGGUCUCUGCAGAGCUGCGCGGGCGUCCCCCCAGUGGUCGAUGCUCACACUGACCCGCAAACUGCCUUUUGCAUUCUUUUCUGUGCCGCAGCUAACACUUCUACACUUCUCACUGUAUCCAGAGAGAAGUGGGCGGAGGGCAAGCAUUGUGAAGUGCGUGGGGCAGGAAAUCUCUGCGGCAGCCCUCACCUCUGAAGCCCUCGUAGCAGAGCGGCCUGGACCACGGGAAAGCGAACGUGCGCUGUUUGGAGCCGCAAGACCGCUCGCUCUCACGAUCAGGCAGGAGACAGGACUCGGCCGAGAUGAGGUCCCCCGCCACCAGCUAGGGCAAAUUUCAAGGAUGAGUGGGGUACGCCUGUGA